AUGGCCGACGUAGGUUUAAAGACCUCAGAGGUCAUAGUGGACGUAGUCCAAAAUAUUGUUAAUGAAACUGAAGACGACGUGACAAGUCUUCUUAAACUAGCUGAUCAGGUUGAGGAACCAGACGGGCCAGCCGAUUCAACCAUCGCACCUGAAGGUCCAACUCAGGUUAACAAAGGCAAAGAAGUUCUAAUUGAGGAUUCUGUGGCAAAGGGAAAAAGUGCAUUACAAACCGGUCCACAACCUGAGAUUGUAACCGAAGCUGAGGUCCCCAUUUCAGCAGAAGAAGAGGAGGAAAUGUUUCAGAAGUUCCUCCUAGAUAUGAACAAGGAUGCUGAAGAGUUGGUCUCAUCGUACUACUUGUGGGUCAAGCUUCGCUGUGAAACAAAGUUAUCAGACAUGCUCCCAGACAUUAGCGAUAACAAACACUGGGAGAAACUUCUAGAUUUAGAAGAAGAGGCUCUCAAGCUAGCAGGGACCAACGUCAUUCAAGCCGCAUUCAACAAGACGUUGGCAAUACACGAAUACGCCCGGUUACAUGCAGUAGAAGAUGCCUUGAGGGAGGCAGAAGGGGCAACAUUAACUCCAAUAGAAUCAAGAAUGUUUGAGCGGUUUCACUCGGUGCGUGAUAAACUCAUUCUAAGUGCUGACCUGCUCGAAGCAAAAUGGAGGAACGAGUGCAAACAUGUCUUAACUCAUGCUGAUCUCUAUCAAAGCAAACCUUUCUUUGUUACCGGAGAGUCCUCCAUGACAGCAGAAAACCAGAGCAGUGCUCCUCCACAGACUAGUAAGGCUCCGGAACUUGAGCAAGUAAAGGAAGUGGUGGUUGGUACAAUCAUCUCGUGUCUUCACAAGUACAACAUCUCUACCGAUGAGAAUAUUGCAACCGUUGAAUCCAAUUUGACAGAAACCAUCCGGGCAUCCAUUCGAUCCGAAAUUGCCAACACCGCUCAAACAUCGAUCAAGUCGAUGAUAGAUGAAACCGUGCAAACUUCAAUCAAGUCAAUGAUCGCCGAAUCCGUCCAAACCGCAACUGCUCCCUUACUCGACAUAUUGCAGGCUAUGGCCGCUCAUAUUAAGGAGCUGUCCAAACUUCAGGUUAACAAAACUCAAGAGCAGAUCAGGUCUGAUGCCGAAACUGCCAAGAAACUUCAAGACGAAGAAAAGGAGAGGGAACGGUUAAGGAAGGAAGUCGAAGACAAAGAUAAUGAGUUGGCCAAACAAUGCAAUGAGGAAGAACAUGCCGCUCUACAAGAAUCCACACCGGUUCAAGCCUCGCACUUUAUGAAGACGAGGAACAAAAACAAACGGAAAGCGGUUGCGGCCGUAAUGAAGCUGGCAGAACAAAGCGGUCUAAGAGAGAUUCAACCGGUCGGACUAAACGAAUUUCCUCUUGACGAAGAAGAAGAAGAGGAUAUCAAACAACUCAACCGGCGAAAGAAGAAAGCAGUCGAAACUUCAAUCGCAAUUCCAAGUACCAGGCCGAUUGUUGCUCAACCGUCUCGACCGUCCAGGCCAGUAAGCGGCGGUUUCAGAUUCGGCAAACGAACUCCCGGCAUCUCAAGUGUAUUUACCGGAUGGCGAAUCGACGCUGACCGAAGAGAGAGGGAAUGGAAGGCGAGGGAAGAAGAAGAAAGGAAGCGGAAGGAGAAGGAAAAUGAAAAGGGGGAUCAUCCAAUCCUUAGUUUAUUUCCUUUCCUAUGA